CAAAGCGCCUUUUAACGUUUUGAUUUUGGGAAUUGCUUUUCCUUCUGGUGAAACACUACUAUUUCGAUCACCCGUACAAGCACAGAGAGAGAGAGAGAGAGAGAAGAAGAAGAGAUAUCUCUUCUUUAAGCUGGGAUUUCGGCUUAGUUGUACUGGCAGAUUCCUAGAUAAGCAUUUACAGAUAAAGAAAUCUGAUAGAAAAGGGCGGGAAACUAUGAUGACGAGCCGGGUUUCGUCAGACAGGAAGAAAGCGUUGUCUCAGUUAGGUUUUACUGAUUUGGUGCUUUCAUGGUCUCUUGAAGACAUCCUCAAUGAGAAUCUCUACGAGAACCAGGUGGAGAAGAUUCCUGAAUCGUUUGAAUCGGUGGAGCAUUAUCUUGGUUCAUUUGUUUUCCCUUUAUUGGAGGAAACACGAGCAGCAUUGUUUUCCAGUUUGGAUAGUGUUCAUGAUGCACCUUAUGCUGAGGUGAUCUCCCUUGAUGAGUCCAAGCCGUACGGAACAUCUUUGUUUGACAUUAAAGUUGAUUACUGGAGGAACAGAUUUAAUGACGGAAAGGAGCCUUACAAAAUCUUGCCUGGGGAUGUUUUUGUUGUUUCUGAUGCAAAACCUGAAAGUGUGUCUGAUUUACAACGAGUUGGAAGGAUGUGGACUUUUGGAUGUGUCACUAAAAUCACUGAGGAGGAGAAUGAAGGCGAUGAUAGUUCCUCUACUCAUUUUAAAGUCAAAGUAUCAAGAGACAUUGAAGUCAAAAAUGGGUUGAGGGAAUCGCUCUUUGUCAUUUUCUUGAUAAAUAUAACAACUAACAAAAGAAUAUGGAAUGCAUUACGCAUGUUAGAGAAUCUCAAGAUCAUUGAGGAAGUUCUUUGCUCUGAUUCUUUGGUUCAAGAGGAUUGCAAACAUUGUAGUGUUUAUAAGAAGAGCCAAUUGACUGAUACAUUGGUUAUGAACCUUUUAUCUAAGCUGAAUGAAUCCCAAAUAGAGGCGAUCUCAGCUUCUCUUGCUGGAAUUAAGUGUAACCACAAGUCUACAGUGGAACUUAUAUGGGGGCCACCAGGGACGGGGAAGACGAAAACAGUAAGUGUGUUGCUUUUUACCCUUUUAAGGAUGAACUGCAGGACGCUUACUUGUGCUCCUACGAAUAUAGCUAUAAAAGAGGUUGCUUCUAGGGUUUUAAAGUUGGUAAGGGAGUCCUAUGGAGCUGAAUCAGAAAAGCAGGCUUUCUUUUGUCCUCUGGGUGAUAUUCUCUUGUUUGGGAACAAGGGGCGGCUGAAAGUUGAUUUGGAAAUUCAAGAUAUCCACCUAGAUUAUCGCAUUCAAAGGCUCGCAGAGUGUUUAGGACCACUGACUGGUUGGAGGCGUUGCUUAACAUCCAUGAUAGAUUUUCUUGAAGAUUGUGUUUCUCAAUACGAGGUUUUCGUCAAAAAUGAAAAAAUUAUCAACGAAAAAGAACACAUUGAUCAAGAUGAAGGCACAAAGGCAAAAUUCAAAUCUUUUCUUGAGUUUGUGAGAGACCGAUUUAAAUGCAAUGCAUCAUCCCUGAGAAGAUGUAUAGCCAUAUUCUGUACACAUUUAUCAAGGAGCUUCCUUUUGGAACAGAACUUCCAAAGGAUGAUAAUUCUCAAUUGUUUUCUUGAUCAUUUGGAAUCAUUGUUGUUUCAAAAGAAAUUGGUUUCUGAGGAACUCGAGGAGAUCUUUUCUCAUGCCGAUGCAAGUGAAGAUAUUUCUGGAUCUUUUGCGGAUAUAAGGAGGAACUGCCUUUCUGUUCUAAAAUCCCUUCGACUUUCUCUUGAAGGCCUUAAACUGCCAAGUGCAAUGAACUCGAGUUCAAUUAGGGAAUUCUGUUUCCAAAUGGCUUCCUUGAUUUUCUGUACUGCUUCUAGUUCCUAUAAGCUACAUUCUGUGGUAAUGGAACCACUGAACUUGCUUGUGAUUGAUGAAGCGGCACAAUUGAAGGAAUGUGAAUCAACCAUACCUCUUCAAGUGUCCGGUGUGGGUCAUGUUAUCCUCGUUGGUGAUGAGUGCCAACUACCAGCAAUGGUUACUAGUAAUGUUUGUGUUGAAGCUGGAUUUGGAAGAAGCUUAUUUGAAAGAUUGAGCUCAUUGGGCCAUCCGAAGCACCUUCUUAACAUGCAGUAUAGGAUGCAUCCUUCCAUAAGUUCCUUUCCAAAUUCCACAUUCUAUUGCAACCAAAUCUUGGAUGCACCACAUGUGAAAAACGAAAGUUAUGAAUGGCAGUAUCUUCCCGGGUCAAUGUUUGGUCCCUAUUCUUUUAUCAAUGUCGUUGGUGGCAAAGAAGAAAAGGAUGAUGCUGGACAUAGCAGAAGAAAUAUGGUUGAGGUGGCUGUUGUUGUGAAGAUAUUGCAGAAUCUAUACAAAGAAUGGAACGUCUCCAACAAGAAGCGUAGCAUUGGCGUUAUAUCUCCCUAUGCUGCUCAAGUUGUGGCAAUCCGUGAUAAACUUGGACGAAAAUUUGAGAACCUUGAUGGAUUCACGGUGAAGGUGAAGUCAAUUGAUGGGUUUCAAGGCGGAGAGGAGGACAUAAUAAUAAUCUCGACUGUAAGAUCUAACAGUGGUGGAUCUGUUGGAUUCCUUUCCAGUCCUCAGAGAGUUAAUGUUGCAUUAACGAGAGCUCGGCACUGUCUUUGGAUUCUGGGGAAUGAAAGGACGCUAGCUGAUAGUGAAUCUGUCUGGAAAGCACUAGUCCGGGAUGCUCGGGAUCGUCAAUCAUUCUUUGGUGCUGAUGAGGAUAACAAUAUGGCCAAAACCAUAUUAGAUGCCAAGAAAGAGCUUGAUCAGCUUGAUGAUUUAUUGAAUGCAGAUAGUGUACUUUUUAAAGAGGCCAAAUGGAAGGUUUCUUUCAGUGAUAACUUCAGAAAGUCAUUUCGAAACAUGAAAUCAGUCCGCACAAGAAAGUCAGUUAUCCAAUUACUACUGAAACUUUCAUGUGGUUGGCGACCCAAGAAGAAGAACGUGGACUCAGUUUGUGAGAGCUCUUCACAGACCUUGAAACAAUUUAAGGUCGAAGGGCUCUACAUUGUAUGCACUGUUGACAUAAUGAAGGACUUGAGGUACAUCCAAGUUUUGAAGGUGUGGGAUAUAUUGCCAUUGGAAGAGAUCUCAAAAUUGGCCAAACGCCUUGAUGGGAUGUUUGCUAUGUACACUGAUGAUUUUAUCAAUCGCUGCAACAAGAAACACCACGAGGGUGACUUGGAGGUUCCAAUGGCUUGGGAGACCUCUUUUGACAUUGUCCGGCUUAAGAAUCUUGGCAACCUUGAGGUUGGCGAUGAUUCAAUUGAUGGUAGAAGUUAUGUCGAGAAUUCAAAGGUGAGUGAGAGCUUGUCGUUGAUGAAAUUUUACUCUCUGUCAUGCGGUAUGGUGAACCACUUGCUUUCGGAUGACGCUGGUAGAGAAGUGGACCUCCCAUUUGAUGUAAAUGAUGAGGAGUUAGAGAUUAUUCGGUUCCGCAAAAGCACAUUUAUACUUGGAAGGUCAGGAACUGGAAAAACUACAGUUUUGACCACGAAACUGUUUCAGAAGGAGCAGCAGCACCAGAUAGCUUCAGAAGGACUUUAUGGAGCUCGGUUCAGUAACACUACAGAGGCAAUGCUGAGGAAUGAUGGUUCUGAGUGCAUUGUAGAGACCAAGGGAAGUGUCUUACGCCAGCUUUUUGUGACCGUCAGUCCAAAACUGUGUUAUGCUGUCAAACAACAUGUGUCCGGGCUGAAAAGGUUUGCUCGUGGGGGUAGUUUCUCUGAAGAAAAUGGUUCAAUUGAUAUUGAUGAUACAGCACGUUUUAAGGAUAUCCCAGAUUCCUUUGUUGAUAUCUCCCCUAGCAAAUACCCCCUUGUCGUCACGUUUCAUAAGUUUCUAAUGAUGCUUGAUGGGACACUGGGGAAUUCAUACUUUGAAAGGUUCAUUGGUGUUAGCGAACAUUCUCAUUUUGGAACUAGAAGUUCAAGAUCAGUUGCUUUGGAAACUUUUCUAAGAACAAAGGAGGUCAACUACGAAAGGUUUUGUUCGUUUUAUUGGCCGCAUUUCAAUUGCCAGCUAACAAAGAAACUUGAUCCUUCCAGAGUCUUCACUGAGAUAAUUUCGCAUAUAAAAGGUGGCUUGGGAGUGGGUGAGGUCCACGAGCGUAAAAUCAGUCAGGAUGAUUACAUUGCCUUGUCUGAGGGUCGCGUAUCCACUUUGAGCAGGCAGAAGAGAGAGAAAAUAUACUCCCUCUUUCGAGAUUAUGAAAAACUCAAAAUGGAAAAUGGUGAAUUUGAUUCAGCCGAUUUGGUGAAUGAUAUUCAUUUUCGACUUAGGAAUGGAAGAUUUGAAGGUGAUCAAAUGGAUUUCGUAUAUGUUGAUGAAGUGCAAGAUUUGACAAUGAGGCAAAUUGCUCUUUUCAAAUAUAUCUGCCGGAAUGUUGAUGAGGGCUUCGUUUUUGCUGGCGAUACAGCACAGACAAUUGCUAGAGGAAUCGAUUUUAGGUUCGAAGAUAUACGAAAUCUAUUCUACAAAAAGUUUGUCAUGGAGUCAAUUGGUGAUGGGUCGGCUGCAAGAAAGGAUAAAGGACUUUUAUCACAAGUUCGCAACCUUAAACAGAACUUUCGUACACACGAUGGGGUUCUCAAAUUAGCACAGAGUGUAAUUGCCCUGUUGUACCGUUUCUUUAGUCACUCUGUUGAUAUUUUGGAACCUGAGACGAGCCUAAUAUACGGUGAGGCUCCAGUUCUUCUUGAAUCUGGAGACGACGAAAAUGCAAUUGUUACUAUUUUUGGAAAGAGUGGAAGUGUAAGUGGCGAUAUAGUCGGUUUUGGUGCUGAGCAGGUUAUAUUAGUGCGGGAUGACUCUGCCAGGCAGGAUAUAUCUGACCAUGUUGGAAAGCAAGCUCUAGUUUUGACGAUUGUGGAGUGCAAGGGUUUAGAGUUUCAGGAUGUAUUGUUGUACAACUUUUUUGGAUCAUCACCUCUGAAAAGUCAAUGGAGAGUAAUAUAUGAGUUCAUGAAAGAACAAGAUUUGCUGGAUACUGAUACUUGCUUUCCAAGUUUCAAUGAGGCAAGACAUAAUAUCCUAUGUUCUGAACUGAAGCAAUUAUAUGUGGCAAUCACUCGCACAAGGCAAAGAUUAUGGAUUUGUGAGAAUAUUGAGGACCUCUCCAAGCCUAUAUUCGACUAUUGGAAGAAGAAGAACUUUGUCCAAGUAAGAAAGUUGGAUGAUUCACUUGCUCAUGCAAUGCAAGUUGCCAGUAGCCCAGAGGAGUGGAAGGCGCGGGGUAUCAAGCUCUUUCAUGAGAAUAACUAUGUGAUGGCGACGAUGUGCUUUGAGAGGGCAAAAGACACUUUGUGGGAAAGAAGAGCUAAAGCUGCUUGCCAUAGAACAGCUGCAGACCAUAUGCGUGGUUCAAAUCCUGAAGGUGCUUCUAAUGCUCUGAGGCAAGCUGCUGAUAUAUACGAAUCUAUUGGUGAUGCCGAAUCUGCAGCCCAAUGCUUUUGUGAAUUGGGGGAGUAUGAAAGGGCAGGGCGAAUUUAUUUAGAAAAGUGUGGGCAAUCUGAGCUGGAAAAAGCUGGGGAAUGUUUCUCUAUUGCUGGUUGUCAUAACAAGGCUGCUGAAGUUUAUGCUAGGGGAAAUUACUUUUCAGAGUGCUUGUCAGUUUGCACAAAAGGAAAAUUAUUCGACAUGGGCUUACAAUACAUCCAGUACUGGAAACAACAUGCCCCUCGAGAUCAUGCUAUGGCCAAACGAAGUAGUGAAAUUGACAAAAUCGAACAACAGUUCCUUGAGAGUUGUGCACUUCACUAUAAUGGAAUCAAGGACAAUAAAUUGAUGAUGAAAUUUGUGAGAGCUAUUACCUCAAUGGAUUCAAGGCGCAAACUCUUGAAGUCUUUGAAUUGCCUUGACGAGCUUUUAAUCAUGGAAGAAGAAUCCGGAAACUUUUUGGAGGCUGCAGAGAUUGCAAAGACUAUAGGAGAUAUUCUACUUGAGGCUGAUUUGCUAGGGAAAGCGGGACGCUUCAAUGAGGCAUGCAUGCUUAUCCUAAAGUAUGUCUUUGCCACUUCUAUGUGGGUAUCCAGAAGCAAAGGUUGGCCACUGAAGCAUUUUCCGGAAGAGAAGGAGAUUUUAGAUAAAGCCAAGUCAUUUGCAAAGAAUGAAUCAGAUCUCUUCUAUAAAUUUGUUUGCUGUGAGGCUAGCAUUUUAUCAAAUGAAGAAACCAACUUGUUCUCAUUGAACCAGUAUUUGAAUGCUUCUCAUGGUAAUAAAAGCCUCACAGGUGAAAUCUUAUCCACUCGAAGAAUUCUAGACGUUCAUCUGCAUUCAAGUGCAUCAAAGUAUGAAUGGGAAGAUGGGCUAGCAGCGGAUUUGAGUGAGCAUUGUGAACAGAGUGUAUCACAAAAUCGGGUUUCUGUUGGAACACUGAUUUGGAUUUGGAAUCUUUGGAAAGAGAAGGUUGAGAAUAUCUUUCAGUGCCUAAGUUGUCUUGAAAACCAGGACUUCAGUCAGUGUAUCAACUACGGUGACUUUUGUUUGAAUUAUUUUGGUGUUCGGAAGCAGGUGAAUAACAUAAGCUAUGUUAUUUUGAACUCUGAUGCGUAUUGGGUGAAAGAUAUUACAGACAGGUUUCUUCAGAGGAGUGGAAAAUUGGUAUCCAGUGACGCUCGCCAUUUUGUUUCUGCUGCCAGGAGUCAUUGGCGAUGGGAGUUACUUUCUGUUGGUCUCAAGGUGUUGGAAACUCUUGAAGCACUUCAUAAGCUCUCAGUUAAGAAUUCCAUGUCUGGUUUUUGCCAAAGCAUCAGUCUUGUUUAUAUAUUUGAGGUGGCGAAGUUUCUUCUGGGAUCCAAAUAUCUUGAUUGUAAAUACCACGAUGCGACAUUGUACAAUUUUCUCAAUCUAUCUGCUGGAUAUUUUGAGAAAGUGUUUCCUUUAGACCGGCAGCAAUCAUUAACCAAGGAUAUGACUUCUCUGAGGACGAGUGAGGUUUCCCGGAAUUUACUUGAAGAGGUUGUUCUUGAAAAUAUUAGCUUCAAGGGUAAACUAACCUAUGGGCAAAUUGGAAGGGUGGUAAUGAUAUGGCUUGGUUCUGGAAAGCCAACUGAAGAAAUUUGCAAGAAAAUUUUAAAGAGGUUUGAUGUGAAUCCUUUGUGGAGAGAAGUUAUCAAUGACCUAAGUGGAAACACAGAAUCAGAAUCUUCACGGGAAUCCACAUCAGGCAAUUUAACCGAGGCUCCAAGGGAGGAAUCUUUUGUGUAUAAGUUUCACAAAGCUCUGGAAGAUACUUACAAUGCCAAUUGGAGAGAAUAUGACUAUAUAUCGCCUAGUUGUUUAAUGUAUCUUCUUGAGAGGCUUUUGAUACUGGCAUACUCCUUUCAUGGAUUCCUUUUCACCACAAAAUCUUCUUUCGUUGAAUGGCUAAUUUGUGAGCAACCAAAGUCCAACCGAAGGGCUGAUGUAGCAAAUUAUAUGCAUUUACCUACAAGCGGCAUUUUUGAUUUUGCGGCCAGUAUCAUCGAACAGAUCCUUUACAAUAAGCCAGUUACAGUAGAGUGGAUAAAAAAAUCCAAGCUGAAUUUUAAUUCCUACUAUCCACUGCUGUUGUUGAGGCUGGUUGUUAUGCUCUGCUUGCUUUUUUUGAACACUGGAAAGUAUUAUGAUGUACUUUUUCAGUUGCUGGGGAGGAAUGAUAUUAUGUCACGACUACCGAGGGAAUUCUAUGAUGUCUUUAGGAGAGCAAGGAAGCAUGUAGAUAUGAAUAUAAUUGCAGAAGCAUUCAUGAAGAUUGGGAAUCCUCUACUUACAGUGAGAUUGGGAGAAAAUUGUUCCAAAUUUAUAUCUCCAAACGGGCCACACGCCAUUUUUGUGGACUUGAGAGUUACCCACAGGAGAGAGGACAUUAUGGAAGUGUUGUUUCCAAUGGACAACAAAGCCCCUCGAGGUCACCCUGUCUCUGUCAUGAUGGAUUCUACCAAUUCUUGUGGUAAAGAACUUCCUUUGAGCAAUGAAAAUCAAGAGAAGACUCCUGAGGCUCUAUAUUCAGAAUCAGCUACUUUGGCUGAUCAGAAGAUGAACAGUGAGAAUAUAAAUGAAGGCAACCUGCAAAUGAUUUCUGGGUUCUUUGGGGAAAUAUCUAAUGCUUUGAAGGCUGUAGAUAACAAAGGACAGGGGAAUGUAAACAAUUUUGUGUCAAGCGUCUCAAAGAUAAAGGUAGAGGUAGAGAAAAUUGUAAAUCUCAUUUCUGUUGCACUGACCAAGUCCAGUGAGAAGUUGUUUUUGAAUGAAGAUGGAUUUCCUGUUCUCAAGCCAAUAGAGGGUUGUAACGCGCCGGUCACCCCGGCUGACAUGUUUUCAGUGAUGCUCGAUGAAUUUGAGCAGCUAUCUUCUGUGCUGAAUGUCAGUGACAGUGAAUUAAAGGAAAAUGCUACAGUGAUCACUUCAUUUUUGAGAAACUUUCACUUGAGAAGGCCAAAGCUGGAAACUAUGUUAAAUCAGCUACGCAUGCCUAAUGAUACAAAUGCUGACAGCGAGGCAUCCGAGACCAGUAAAUCGGAUGAAAACAAAGGCAAUCACAAGGGUGAAGAAACUAGCACAGCUGACAAAGCCAAGGCUUUGGAUGCUACUGUUGUUUCUGGAAUGCAGAACAGUGGAAACAGUCAGGACGCUGAAACCAACAAGGGGAAGGGAAAUAACAAGUCCAAGAAGAAAAACAAGGGGAAAGGAGGCCGGAAGAAUAAAAAAUAGAGAUACAUUCUGUCAUGAUUCUAAGGUUGUGUAUAGAAUCAGAUUUUUCUUCUUUAGAUGUUUGGGUAUUAAUGCAUCAAUCUGUAGUUUUUUGUAUAGUGUUCUCUAAGAUGGGGGGAAAAAUCUAAUAUAGCCAGAUGUAUUUUGCCGUCUUGCGGAACACUAAAGUUUCUAUGAUUAGAAUUGCUGGAUGUGGAAUACUAGUGAUGCAGCAAUAGUGCUUUUGACUGGUGAACUUUGAAGUUACCAUGCCCUAUAUGAAAUUAGUUGCGGUCAUUGUUAAGAGCA